AUGGCGACAUCCAGUCCACAAGGAGGUGUUCCGGCUGCAGCUGCCAAUUCUCCGAAGCCUCCAGCCAGACCCUCAGUGGGCAGCAAGCGGUACGCACUAAUCAGUGCCAAAUUUAAAGGGCCAGGACCUGGGAAGUACAGUCGGCAGCCCUGCACUGGCAUUAAGGACCACGACUUCACCAAGUAUGCUGAGCCAGCCUACUCCAUGCGAGUGCGAUCCAAAGAAAGAUUGAUCACAGCUGUGGAGAGUCCCGGGCCCUGUUACUUCGUGGAUCCCAGUGUUUCUCAUGUUGGGAUAUGGAGGCCGGUAUCAUUCCGCAUUCCGCAGGAGAGAAGGAGCAGCCGCACCAUCCCAACCCCUGCACCGAACGAGUAUUACGUGGAGCGGAUCCAUCCCCUGGAAGAGCCCAAUGCACCAGCGUAUACCAUAGGGACCCGAACACGCUACCGGGAGAGCAACCCGUAUCCGGCGCCCAACAGCUACACGCUCCCAGGGACACUGGGCCCUGGCUUGCCGGUCAAGGUGUCUGCCCCAUGCCUCUCCAUGGCUUCCAGUGCCUCCGUGUGGCGCUACGCCCAAGACCUGGUGAGGGGCCCUGGCCCAGCAAUGUACACCAUUCCCAAGCCAGAUAUCUAUCUGCACCGUCAGCCUGCCUACAGCAUCUCGCAGAGGUUCAGCUCCUGCAGCAAAGACUACACGCCUGGCCCUCCGGAUUACAAUGCCGAGCAGGUCACUGCCCACAAGCCCUGGGCCCCGCGAUUCAGCCUGGGCAUCCGGCACUCUGAGUAUGCUCAUGGCACGCCCCCCGCUUGCAUCGUCAAGGAGUGA